AGUGCUUCAAUCGAUGAACAGGUGUCCCGAGCACAAUAAAGACUCUUCUGUGUGUGUGUGUGUGUGUGUGUUGCAAUGCAAUUCCAUUUUAGAGCCUGAAUUGGCGGAACUGACUUGCGGAAUACAUCCAUCUUGUACGAAGCGCGCCUCGUGGCAGCCGACUAUACUGUUCUUCCCAUUGCUGCUCGAUUCUCAAGCGUUCGGCAGUUUGCAGUUGGCUCAAGGAAUUCGCAGUCUUAAAUUACUUAAUCAUGAAGCAAGGGACGUGAGACGUGCGCUGUACUUCGGCCACAACCGCAAGUUUGCAAGAUUCCGUUUCCGAAUUGAGAGGAAAUAUAUUUUGCUUGUCAAAAACUUCGGGACCCCCUGCAUCAUGGCACUUUGCGCGAGUCUCCGAAGAACGGCUUCAUAUACGUCUGAGGAACAAUGCGUGUCAAACCGAGUUACCCGGAACUGACGUGCUUGUGUUCCGAAGAGAAACGGUGGGAGCUUAAGGACAUUAUAGCAUUGGCUGUAUUUGGAUCCACGUGUUUUUCUCGCUCUGUCUGAUUAACAAACUGUAUCCUGUUGGCAAUACUAAAUCUUCUUACCAGGCAUGUUAGUACACGACGAAUUUCAAUUUGCUAAUUGAAGGAUGUGUAGUGUGGGUUGCGUUGUCAUAUUCCCCAUCAUACCCCACUGGAUGACAGUCUGCUAUUCUGUGAAUCUGUCUUAUAAAUCCUUCUCCCGUUAGCACUUCGGUGUUCAGCAAGAAGGCACUGAGUCAACGCAAAUUUGUCAUUCAAACCAUUCUUACCUAUCACUAAAGUCCUUUUCCAUAUUUUCGUGCUCGAU